UCCCGCUCGCUACGAGGUUUAAAAAAACAUGCUUCAAAACGAUAUAUCAUAAGCUGGGAGAAUCGGACACAAAGAUCCUGUCGUUGAGCCGUUUUCCCUCGUUUUAUGCGGGUACUUAUCAUGUUGUUGGUAGAUGAUAACCCUAGCGUCAUAGGUUUUCUCAAAAAUGGAUUCUCCUGAAAGCAAUCGCAUCCCUGCCAAGUCGUCACCAUCUCCGGCUGUCCAAGGAUCCCCUUUUUUCAAUUACAUUAGCAAUCUCUCUCCUAUAAGGUCCGCGAAGGCAGCAAGAUACGUACAUAGUUUUUCACAAACUAACUUUGCUAUCCCACCGCCGCCGGUGUUCACAUCACCCCGUAUAGAUCCGCAGCGAGAGACAAGUUUCAGAGGAGAAAUAGAUGCAGCAGGUUCUGACCUCUAUCGACAAGGUGAUACCCAUCUGAAGCCUGAGCCGAUUCAUUGCUUUCAAAAAGAAGAUCAGUCUUGCAGUCCUUCAGGAUGCAUUGAUGAAUAUCUGGCUGAUCUUGUGGAUAUGGAAGACACUACAAAAUCAUCUGAUCUGUGCGCACAAUCAAGGAAUGAUAAGCCCAUGAUCUUGGAACGGUUCACUAGUCACAAAGAUACCAUCAACAAAGACUACAAUCAUGUUGAUUCCCAUAUGUUUCUAGGCUCUUUUUCUGGAUCACAACAUCAUGAGAAAUUUUUGCCUCAGAGCAUUGAGACAUAUAAUGAUUUUGUUGAUAGUUCAAGGUCAGCUUUGAGAGUAGCAGCUAAGGAUGCUGAUCAGCAUCAACGUGGUAUACGAAGACAUCUUCAAUUUGGGGUGACAAUGUCCUGCAAGGAUACUGGCAAUGAGAAUCAUGAUACCAACAAUUUAAGCCUACCUGAAGGCCUUACACACUUUGGGAGUCUGGUUUCAUAUCACACUGAACCAAGUGGGAUCUCCAACAGUUGGGGGGCGGGCAGUCGUGCCCAGACUGUAACUUUCCUGUCCUCCUCCUGCCCAUCUCAAUCUGUUAUACCAGCUGAAAAUUGUGGAAACCAUAAUAUAUCAGCUUGUACUCCAUCUGAUUUAGCAUUGCCUUCAAUUGGCGUCAUCAGAUCUGACUCAAUGGGCUUAGAUUCAAAUGCAAGCCAAAAGUUGGUUGACAAACUGCAUGCACGAGAGGAGAAGCAAAUAGCUGUUAGGAAUCAUAGUUCAUCAAAGGAUUUGGAUAGUAUCUUAGUCUCAUCUGUUGCCGGGGAAAUUUAUGCUCAAGUGGAAGAUGAUCAGCAGGAAACUCAGGCUGCUACAACACAGGUAGUUCCAUAUGAUGGGAGGACACUCACUUCACAAAACGCCAACAUGGUCGAAGACCAAGCGAGUCCUAAGCGAAAUAGGAAAAGGACAAAAUGCAUCAAUGAAAGUGAGGGCUGCAAACGUUGCAAUUGUAAGAGAUCAAAAUGCUUGAAACUUUAUUGUGAGUGCUUUGCAGCUGGAGUUUAUUGUCUGGACAGUUGUGCAUGCAAUAACUGCUUUAACAGGCCUGAUUACGAGGACACAGUUCUUGAUACACGACAACUAAUUGAAGCCCGUAAUCCACUUGCUUUUGCUCCGAAGGUUGUUAAGCAUGCCAUGGACUCUCCUGCAAAUAUUGUGGAAGAAGGGAAUUGGACAACACCAUCAUCGGCCAGGCACAAAAGAGGAUGCAAUUGCAAGAAGUCGAAGUGUCUUAAGAAAUACUGUGAAUGUUAUCAGGCAAGAGUCGGAUGUUCUAAUGGAUGCCGAUGUGAAGGUUGUAACAAUUCUUUUGGCAAAAAGAUAGAAUCAAUAUAUAGAAGAGCUGAAAAAUGGAAGAAUCCAUCUCAUGAGCAACUGGGCACUAUGGAGACCCAAGAUGAUUUCAUCAAAUCAGGGAGAGCUCAUCAGUUAUCUUCAACGUGGGAAGAACUUGCUGAUAUGAGCCAUCUGACUCCACUGUCACAUUGUCAUUCAGGGGCUGUGGCAACUUCAGCUUCUCUCAAUAUAGGGGACGGUUCAAAAGUUUCCCAAGCUCAUGCAUAUCAGGAAAGGACCCUCCAGUCAUCUGCUGGUUACCCUCAUAGUCACCAUUCACCCGUUAGUCCUACAACAAAUCUAUAUAGAAGUAAGGUCCUGCCUGAUAUUAGUUCAGACAACCUUCUCUAUGACAUAUUGGAGGAUGAUACACGAAAGAUACUCGAGAAUGCUUUGGCAGCAACAAAAUCAGUGAAAGUUAGUUCACCGAAUCAGAAACGUGUGUCUCCUCCACAAAUUCGAUCACAAGAGUUGAGAUCAAGCAGUUCGCAGGGGUUGAGAAGCGGGCGCAAAUUCAUUUUGCCGGCCGUGCCAUCUUUCCCUCCUCUAACUCCCUAUAGCAAGUUAAAAGAUGGAAUUCAAGGAAGCCAUGGUGAUAGUAAAGAUGGUACUAGCUGCCAGUGACGGGCACAUCUUAAGUUGUGGACAUUCUGGCAACUGUUGACAAGCUCAGCCAUUUUCUCCAAGACAUCCAACAAGAAUCAUUUCCGCGAUGACAUUAAAUUUUGACCUAAUACAUACUUUUGUAGCGUUAGGUUAAUGUUGUUGACAGUUUAGUGAGGGUGCAUAUGUAAAUGUUGGUUGCAAAUAAGUGUUCAUAGUGAUUGGUAAUAGCUCUUUUGAGCUUGUGUCUAUAGAAUGAAUUUGGCAA